GCCUACGUCAUGUUGGGCGCGACUUCUCAGUGACUCUAUGGGGACCGGAUGCGGAGUGAGGACUGGGAUUGUUACCGGGGAGAGGCGUUACUGGGGCAGAGCGCCACACACCGGUGGGGACGGGUGAUAUGUCCUGCUCUGGAUCUGGAUGAUGCUUCGAGUUUCUGAAUAGGUUUCACAAGCAGACGUCUAAGGAUGUGUGAGGGAACUGGAAUGCUCCACUUCACUCUGGACAACCAUGGGGACUCCAUGCUGGGGAGGAUGAAUGCUCUGAGGGAACAGAACAAGUUCUGUGAUGUCACCGUGUACAUUGAUGAGGUUGAGGUCCCAGGGCAUAAGGUGGUGCUUGCCGCUGGGUCACCUUAUUUACGUGACCAGUUUCUUCUAAGUAAUGCCCAGGAAGUGCACAUUUCCAUUCUGCAGAACUCCGAAGCUGGGAAAUACCUUCUCCUGUCCUGUUACACCGGCGUCCUUGAAUUCCCGGAGAUGGAGCUUGUGAACUACCUGACGGCCGCCAGCUUUCUGCAGAUGAGUCAUGUCGUAGAAAGAUGCACACAGGCCUUGUGGAAGUUUAUUAAACCCAGGCAAGCACCGGAGGCGAAAGAGGAGGAAGAAGAAGAAACCGGUGGAGUACCUGAAGUUGUGGAACCCGAGGAGGAAAUGGACAAUACUCUGCAACCAGAUUCACCAGCGGCCACCAACUCUGAAGAUAGUUCUGAUAACGAUGACAUCCAGAUCGUCAAGGUCGAGUCUAUCGGUGACAUGUCCAGUGACAAAGCCAAAGUAAGCCAAAGCCAGUUCCUGUCUUCUGAACAGACGUCUCUGCACUCCUUGGAGCCUCAGCACUCGCUCAUAAACUCCACUGUAGAAAACCGAGCUGGAGAGACGGACAACAACCCAAUCCACAACUACACAGUGUCCGACAACAGCAGUGACAAUAUGGGGCCAUCCCCCAAAGAACUUUUUGGUCCCAGCAACCGCAUUUUAGACAAAACCCUGCAGUGGCAUCACCAGUGUCCCAAGUGUACGCGAGUAUUUCGCCAUCUGGAAAACUACGCCAACCAUUUAAAGAUGCACAAGCUGUUUAUGUGUUUACUAUGCGGAAAGACAUUUACUCAGAAGGGCAACUUGCACAGGCACAUGCGGGUACACGCAGGCAUCAAACCCUUCCAGUGUAAGAUAUGUGGCAAAACCUUCUCUCAGAAAUGCUCCUUACAGGACCACCUGAACCUGCACAGUGGAGAUAAGCCCCACAAAUGCAACUACUGUGAUAUGGUGUUUGCCCACAAGCCCGUAUUACGGAAACACCUAAAGCAGCUGCACGGUAAAAACAGCUUUGACAAUGCCCACGAGAGGAGCAGCCAGGACGUCAGUCUGGACUUUGACUCUUUUGCUGGUGGCCACGACGGCAGCGAAAUGAUCACUCAGAGUCUACAUAAGUAAAAUAAAAGGACGUGUUUUAAGAAUUACGCUUUUAAAUGCAGCCGCAGACUGUUCAGCUGUGGAGUGACUAUAGGUGGACAUCGGUCAUGUAAAGGCUACUCACGUUUUAGGAAACGACUUUAUGUAGCGGUUUUUAACGUGAACCAUGUGGUUUUGUUGGCCGGUUUUGGCGUUUUAUAAUCAGAAAAUGGAGUGACUUCAUAGUAACUUUUAGGCAGCUAUGCUUUGUGCAACUUUUUACUAUUGGAUAUGAUUUUGCAGGUCUGACGAGCA